GACUACGAAGAAAAAUACCCUGAGGAUGCUCCCUACGCAGAGGCGGCACCGACUGCGAGAGUUUGGAGUACGUACGUCGAUGAAAGCAAGAUCCAUGAUGCCAACAUGGUGGAAGAAGCCCGGGACAGUGUCGACGUGCUGCUCGUUUUCGCGGGUCUCUUCUCUGCGGUCGUCACCGCGUUUGUUGUUCAAACGUCACAAAACCUACAAGCCGACUAUGCUGCCAUUUCAGCGUCCCUACUCUAUGAGUCGGUCCUCAUUCAACGUGCCAUUGCCAACGGUUCCUCGGUCAGCGCCAUUGCCUCAUCCACCAUGGACCCUAGCACCGCCUUCGUUCCUGCUACCAUCGACGUUUGGGUGAAUGGGCUUUGGUUUACCAGCCUGUUCCUCAGCCUGACGACUGCACUCAUCGCUGUCCUUGUCAAACAAUGGCUUCACCAUUACGUCGCCCUGCCGUCUGGCACACCGCGUAACCGCAGUUUUACCCGUCAGUUCCGGUAUUCGGGCAUUCAAAAGUGGCAUGUCCAGGUCAUUAUAGGCCUCCUUCCUGCCCUUAUGCACCUUGCUCUUGCAAUAUUUUUUGUCGGCUUAGCGGUUUUCUUGCAUCCUCUU